UGAUGCGCGCGCAUCAUGUAGAAAAUACCAAACAAGAAACGUGCGAGCAGAUUUAAGAUACACCUCGAUUAAUCGCGAAUUUAUAGAGUAGAUAUGACUGGGAGGGCAAGGGGACGAGCAAGAGGGCGGGCCAGGGGGUCUGCUGCUGAACAAGCUCCAGUACGCAGGCCUGGAGAGUCAGAAGCACAGGCUGCCCAGCCACAAGCAGAAGCUCAACCAGCGGCUCCAGCCACCAGUGGGAGAGCAAGUUAUCGUGGUGGAGGUAAAGGGGAGCCCCGGCCUGGCAAUGGAGUGGCCCCACCUACACAGGAUUUUGCACAGAUGUCGAUAGGGACAGGGGAUGCGGCGCAAGCUCAGAGAAAACCACGCGUCAUAUACCAGGAGCCUAAAACUAGACCUGCUCAUGUUACAGAUAAGAAAGGUACAUCCGGAACAACAAUUCAAAUCAUGACAAACUAUUUCAAGCUAGUGUCAAAACCAAACUGGCAUUUGUACCAGUAUCACGUGGACUUCUCUCCACCAGUGGACCAUAAGUCAGUUCGAAAUGGAAUGUUGUACCAGCAUAAGGAGAUUAUAGGAGAUACAAAGGCCUUUGAUGGCAUGAUCCUCUUCCUGCCACACAAGUUAGCUGAGCAGCCUACAGUAUUGAUGUGUAAAUCCAAGAGGGAUGACACCGAUGUAAGGAUUACAAUUACAUUGAGGAAUGAACUACCUCCCACAUCACCAACAUGCAUCCAGAUGUACAAUGUCAUAUUCAGGAGGGUGCUGGAUAUGGUAGACAUGAAACAGAUUGGGCGACAUUACUACGCUCCCUCACAGAGUAUUGCUAUACCACGCCACAAACUUGAGGUGUGGCCAGGAUUCAUCACAAGUAUCCUGCAGUAUGAAAAUGAAGUAAUGCUGUGUGCUGAUAUAUCUCACAAGAUCUUAAGAAUGGACUGUGUGCUAGACAUCAUGUAUGAUCUGUACAAUCAGCGCAGAGGAGACUUCCAUGAUCGCUGCCAGAAAGAGCUAGUGGGACAAAUUGUACUGACACGGUACAACAAUAAGACCUACAGAGUGGACGACAUAGAUUGGGGCAGUAACCCAUUGAGCAAGUUUACAAACUCUAAAGGCGAGGAAAUGACAUACGUCCAGUAUUACAAAAACGCUUAUGACAAAGAUAUCAAAGAUAUGGAACAGCCUCUAUUGAUCCAUAGACCCAAGAAGUCGGAGGAGCGUCGCGGGAUCACAGGCCCACUGAACCUGCUUCCUGAGCUGUGUACACUAACUGGUCUCUCAGAUGAGGUCCGCGCUGAUUUCAAUGUGAUGAAGGACAUUGGAGUACAUACUAGGAUAGCCCCUGAUGGCAGACACACCACUUUGAAAACAUUCAUCAAUAAGAUGAAUAAUAAUGCUGAAGUUCAGAAAUACAUGGGAGGCUGGGACAUUGGAUUCAGCAGCGAUCUGCUCUCUAUGACGGCUAGAAUUGCCCCACCAGAGAAGAUUUUCAUGGCCCAACCACAAGGGUUUGCUUAUAAACCACAAGAUGCUGACUGGUCAAGGGAGAUGAGAGGAAAGCCCCUGAUAUCACCAGUUAACCUUAAUAGCUGGAUCCUGAUUUGCACUGAGAGGGACUCUCAGAGAGGGGAAGCCUUCCUUAAUGCCCUGCAGAGAGUAGCAGGCCCAAUGGGGAUAAGAGUCAACCAACCAGACAUAUAUGUCUUGGAGAAUGAUAAGAUCGAAACCUACUUAAGGACAAUCAAGGACAAACUUCAAGAUAAAACCCAGAUAGUUGUAACGAUCCUUCCAACAAACAAGAAAGAUCGCUAUGAUGCUAUAAAGAAAACAUGCUGCAUUGAACAUCCAGUGCCAUCACAGGUGAUUGUCUCCAAGACUCUUGCCAAGCAGCAGAUGUUGAUGAGUGUUGCUACAAAGAUUUGCAUCCAGUUGAACUGCAAGCUCGGAGGUGAAGUCUGGGCAGUGGAAAUCCCAUUGAAGAACGUGAUGGUUGUUGGGAUAGAUAGCUACCAUGAUUCUGGCUCAAAAGGAAGGUCUGUUGGUGCAGUGAUUGCCAGUCUUAACAAAACUUUGACACGCUAUCAAAGUCGUUGCACCUUCCAGCAUAAUCAUCAGGAAUUGAUGGAUGGACUGAGGAAAGCUAUGAUAGCCUCUCUGCAGAAGUACCAUGAGGUGAACGGCACCCUUCCAGAGAGGGUGAUCAUCUUCAGAGAUGGUGUUGGAGAUGGUCAACUUCCAGCUGUAGUAGAGCAUGAGAUUCCACAGCUGUUGGAGUCAUAUAAGUCACUUGGAGAAAACUACGCUCCAAAGACUGCAGUUGUGGUUGUGAAGAAGAGAAUCAACUCACGUUUCUUCGCCAAGGCUGGUGGAAGUCUACAGAACCCCCCACCUGGUACUAUUGUAGACUCUGACGUCACCAAACCAGAGUGGUAUGACUUCUUCUUGAUCAGUCAGUCAGUACGCCAAGGUACAGUGACCCCCACUCACUACAACAUUGUGUGGGAUAGCACUGGGCUCAAGCCAGAUCAUAUGCAGAGAUUGUCCUAUAAACUCUGCCACUUGUACUACAACUGGCCCGGCACUGUACGUGUACCAGCACCUUGUCAGUAUGCUCAUAAACUGGCAUUCCUCGUAGGACAGUCCCUCCAUAAGGACCCCUCUUUGGCCCUCUCCGAUAAACUCUACUACCUAUAAACAAACGACUGUGUAAAGACUGCUGCAA